AUGUCGAACAAGCCAGUAUUCGUAGCAACCCAUCCACGGGCAUGCUCUACUGCAUUCGAACGGGUCUUCAUGACUCGACGCAACUCCAUCCAAACCAUCCACGAACCCUUCGGUGAUGCCUUCUACUAUGGCCCUGAACGUAUGGGAACCCGUUUCGAGAACGAUGAGGAGGCUCGUCUCAAGAGUGGCUUCAGCCAGUCGACUUUCAAGACUAUCAUGGACAGAAUCGAAAAGGAAUCUGCAGAGGGAAAGCGAGUGUUCAUCAAGGACAUCACGCAUUAUCUACUCCCUCCGAACCACCAAGCUGCAGCCAUCGCACCGUCUCUUUCUAGGGUCAAGCGUGGCGUCGGCACGGGAGGCCUUCCGGUCUUCGAGAGCGGCGACGCUUCUGCUGAGGGGCAGGGCGUCACUCGAGACACCGACAGUGGUCACUCGGCCGCGGAGCCGAACAAUCCGACUGUCGUACCGAAGGAGGUGCUCGAGAAGUUUCACUUCACGUUCCUGAUCCGUCACCCGAAAAGUGCCAUUCCGAGCUAUUACAGAUGCUGCAUCCCUCCGUUGUUGGAGAGGACUGGCUUCGCUCCUUUCAUGCCUGAGGAAGCCGGGUAUGAUGAGCUCCGUCGUCUUUUCGACUAUCUCAAGGAGACCGGCAUCGUUGGACCAAAGAUUUGCGGCCAGGAGUCCUCCGAGGACCAAGAGCUGAAGCCUGGUCAGGUAGAGAUCUGCGUACUCGACGCCGAUGACAUGUUGGACAAUCCCGAGGGAUAUCUCAGGAAGUACUGCGAAUCUGUCGGCAUCGAUUUCAACGAGCAGAUGCUCCAGUGGGAUUCCGAGGAGUCGCACGCGUUUGCUAAGGAGCAGUUUGAGAAGUGGAACGGCUUCCACGAUGAUGCGAUCAACUCGACUGAUUUGAAGCCUAGAGUUCACAAACAUGCGCCCAAGUCUGAGGAGCAGCUUCACGCGGACUGGACGAAGCUGUAUGGCCAGGAAGCGGCCGACUUGAUCAAGAAGACGGUUGCUGAUAACGUGGCCGACUACGAGUACCUGAAGCAGUUCGCUAUCAAGUGUUGA